UUUUGCCUAACAGAGCAGCACGUGCAGUCACAACUUCCGAAAUGAACGAGCUGCGUAUGCCGAACUUGGUUCGACCCAAUCGGCCUUUGAGAGAACCCGCAUCCAGGCCCUUGACUCCUUCAAGGUUUCCCGUUCCUAGCCAGCCAGAUGCCGCAUAUACAGGCUCUGCAGCAGGGUCCACUGGACUUGGCUCUCCUGGACCAGCCAACAUGGAUGGCAGUACAUCUUUUGGAUUGGUCCAGCCUGCACCGACUGCACGCUUUUGCCACUACUGUGGCCAACAAGGGAUUUUUCGAUGUAAAGGCUGUAAGAAGACCCCAUAUUGCUCCGUGGAUUGUCAGAGAGAAGACUGGAAGGCCCACCGCCAUAUGUGCAAGUCUUUUGAUCCAGAGACUGUAGGAGAAAACAUGAAAGAAAGUCCAGAUUCAGAUAAUGUGAGAGAGGACUCGCUCAACAUUCAGAGAAUCUAUUUGAAGGACUUGAAUGCUACUAAAUACACUAAAGGAGCAGAAAUCCAGGGUGCUGUUGUUGAGUUCAACAGCCCUGGAAGGUUCUUCUUUCUUCCUGAAGACCCUAAGGUGAUGGAAGCUCUAAUGAGCAUUACAGCAGAGCUUCAAAAAAAACCCAGCUCCACUGUGGGGACACCUUAUGUACCGUGUGUUGGGGAAGUUUGCUCAGUUCAGUUCUCCUCUGAUUUGAAUUGGUACAGAGGUCUCAUUCAGACUUUGGCUGCUGAUCAAAAGACAGCUCAUGUUCUUUACAUCGAUUAUGGAAAUGCAGAAAAUGUCCCAGUGGAAAGGAUCAAACCCCUGAAUAUUGCCACUAAGCCAUAUUGCCCCUGUGCUAUGGAGUGUCAGAUUGCUGGUGUUGUGCCAAUAGUUGACAGCUGGUCGACGGAGUGCUGUAUGACCGUGAGACAGCUGCUGGGUGGCAAAACUCUGACCAUCAAGCUGGUGGACACACUGAAGAAUGGCCGUGUCCAUACAGUGGACAUCCAGCUUUCCAUAGGAAAACAACUGAGUACGUUCCUCCUUGAGCAAGGAUAUGCUUUUGCAGAAGCAGCAGCUGUCGGUUCUGCACCAGCAAAGAAAGACCCAAGUGCCCUACUGGAAGCAUCUAUGGAAAACUUCAAGCGUUGCUGUGAGGGGAAAGACAUCAAUGAAUGGGCUCAACCCCCUGAGCCACUCACACUGACCAUUGGAGACCGCUUCUCUGUUGUGGUCAGUCAUUUCCAGUCACCCACCGACUUUAUUGUGCAAAAGGUGGAAAAUGCUGGAGUGAUCCAGGAUCUGCAGCUGAAGCUGAGGGAGCACUGCUCCGGGGUUGAAACCCAACAGGAUUUCAGACCAGCUCCAGGCACCGUUUGUUGCGCUCAGUUCUCAGAGGACAAGCAAUGGUACAGAGCACAAGUUCUGGCUUAUUCCACAGAGAAGAGCGUCUGUGUUGGAUACAUUGACUUUGGUAAUUCUGAGGAGGUGGACUUGAACCACCUGAGACCCAUCAGCCCUGCUCUACUGGCUCUUCCAAAGCAGGCAAUCUCCUGUAUCCUUGCAGGAGUCCAGCCUGUUGAGGACAGCUGGUCAGAGGAAUGCAUUUCAACCAUGCUGCGAAUGAUAGCAAACAAAACGGUGAACGUAGAGAUCCAGAGUGCCCACAAGGGAAAGGCGCUAGUGGCGAUUAUCGAAGGAGAAGGUUACUCUGAAAUCAACGUGGCUGAGCUGCUGAUUUCUGCAAACUACGCGGCUCCUGCUGACUCAAACACUCUUCAACAAACCGAAGAGACCACUGCUUCUGCAGAACCACCCGCAUCUCCUCCUGUGUGUGAACCUCUGGUUUGGUCUUGUGUUGAGCUUCCCAGUGAUGGCCAGACAGUGGUGCUGUCCACUAGUGCUGUGACGAGCCCUGCAGAGUUCUACUGCUGUGUCGGCCCUACCACUGAUCAUCAGGUGUUGAUGGAGCUUGGGGUUCAGUUGAAGCAGCAUUGUCAGUCUGACUCCACAUACUUCGUGCCGAAGGUUGGAGAGCCCUGCUGCGUCAAAUUUUCAGGUGACGGGAAAUGGUACCGAGCCAUGGUGAAGGAACUGUUGGGAGAUGUGGUGAAAGUGAACUUUGUGGACUUUGGUCAUAACAUGAUUGUAGGCAAAGGCUGCCUCCGUUCGAUUACACCCAAACUCCUGAAACUUCCUUUUCAAGCCGUUCGCUGCUGGCUUGCAGGUGUGAAGCCCGCAGGAUCAGAGUGGAGCAGUGAAGCCCUGCUUUGGUUUCAGAACCUGGUGGACGGUGCGCAGCUUUUGGCGCGGGUCGUCUCCGUCUCCCAGCAGGGGUACGGCGUGGAGCUGGAGAGCGGAGGGCAAAGUGUGGCAGCUGCCCUGGUUUCCCAGCAGUUUGCCAAACCCUCUGGAAACUUGAGCAAGGAUCCAGUGAGGAGCCCCACGACCAAACAAGAGGAUCUAAGAGGGGGAGAUCAGAGCCAGGCAUUGACUCCAGCAAGUAAUGACACACAAGCUGUUUGUGAGGAUGGAAAAAGUGAAGAGGAGCCUUCAGAGGUUGCAACUUUCUCAUCGGCUUGGAAGACGGCAGAAUUGCCUCUGAAUGAGACCUUUCAGCCCUGCGUUGCAGCGGUCAUCAAUCCCACCCUGUUCUACCUGCUUCAUCCCAUCCAAAACGUGGAUCAACAGAAGCUUCAGGAGGUGAUGUUGGAGCUGGCUCUUCACUGCAGCAACUAUCAGAGCUCGUCAUCUGUGGACACCAGACCUGUUCCUGGAGCUGCCUGCUGUGCGCAGUUCUCUGUGGACAAGAUUUGGUACCGUGCCAUCAUUUUGGAAGUUGGUGAAGCUGAGAUGAGUGUUGUCUAUGCCGACUACGGUAACUCUGAGAAAGUCCCCGUUUCCCAAAUCUUGCCGAUUCCCACGCGUCUGUUGCAGCUUCCUUUUAAGAUCAUUCGCUGCACACUCGCUGGAAAUGAGCAUUUUCCAGUGGAAUGGCCACCUCAAGUGCAGCAGGUGUUUCGGUCCGAGCUAUUGAACGUCAUGGCAACCGUGCAGUCCUUCGACGGCUCUGCUAACGUGCUCUCCCUGGCAUUGCCCCCUGAGAGGGGUGGGAGGAACCUUGCCGCCGUGAUCCAGGAGAUGCUGCAUGUCCACCGUAAGGGCAGCCCUCUUCCAGACGCCUCUCAGACGCCUGGCAGCGAUGCAACAGAACCGAGCUGCAUCAAGCUCGGGUCGACAACUGCAUCCCCAGACGAGCCAGAAGAUGCAGCUGAGCCUGCUGAUGCAGUAACCAACACCCAGGAGUCGACGCCCCAGGAGCAGAAGGAAAUGGAUCAGGCUACAUCUGUCCAUGAUCUUCAAGGCCCCGGCUGCUGCUGUCAGAGCCUGAAGAAGCAGAUGGACAGACUGGAGAAGAUGGUUCAGCUGCUGUUAAGUCUUCAAGCAGAAGGAUGAGAGGAGUAAAUUAAAAAAAAGAGCAUGUUCAGCCUCAGUUCUCCUUCUGUGUUGAGAUGUUCACUAUUCUGAAAGUUUUUUUCAAGUCCCAUCUUCUAACCAGUCAGCUUGUAAAUGUUCGGUGUGUUUGGGUUCAAUAUAAAACAACUCUUGUGUUAAAA